AUGAAGAAGGAAUGGGCGCGUGUGCAACACGUCGACGUCGAGCUGCUGGAUAAUCAUAUGCCGUUCCACGACCACUGGGCCGUACUCGGCACCCCCGCCCCGACGCUCAGGACCCUGCGGCUUUCCAGCUCCGUGCUUGCCUGCGUACCCUGGGUAGCCCAGCUCCGGCGGUUGAACCUUUUCCUCACCAAUGCGAACCCGAGGAAACCUUCGUUCGAACUGGGGGAGCUGCUUGAGGUGCUCCCGCAGAUGACCCACUUAGAGCACCUGUACGUCGAACGCACGCACCAGGGAAUACCCACACACCUCCUCGAAGUCGAUAAGAUCAUGCCAAUCGCCCUUCCUCGUCUGUCCACCCUCGUCCUCUCUGACGACCUCCUCUCUGACGACCUCCUCUCCGCCUCCGCUGCCCUCACACGUACUUAUCCUGCCAAACCCCAGCGCCGUCGUCAAGAUCGACAUCCACCCCAGGGAUUCAAUGCAUCUAUCAAUGCAUCCAUCCCCCGCAGACCUGCACACUGUAUCACGCAUCUUCGCCCUCCAUCUCCAAAACCACACCAUCUCCCCAUCUUCGCCCUCUAUCCCGCACUUCCGGUUCUACCUGUUGUGUAA